AUGCCAGGUGUUUCCUUUAGAAGAACAGAAACAAGCAGAUCACGAGGGGCCUGCAGCAGCAGUGAUAGCCUACUUGUGACCAGCAUAGGCAGUGACAGCCUACUUGUGACCAGCAUCAGCACCAGUGACAGCCUACUUGUGACCAGCAUCAGCACCAGUGAUAGCCUACUUGUGGCCAGAAGCAGCACCAGUGAUAGCCUACUUGUGACCAGCAGCAGCACCAGUGAUAGCCUACUUGUGACCAGCAGCAGCACCAGUGACCAGCAGAAGCACCACAGCAGCACCAGUGAUAGCCUACUUGUGGCCAGCAGCAGCACCAGUGAUAGCCUACUUGUGGCCAGCAGCAGUGAUAGCCUACUUGUGACCAGCAGCAGCACCAGUGAUAGCAUACUUGUGGCCAGCAGCAGCAGCAGUGAUAGGCUACUUGUGGCUAGAAGCAGUGAUAGCCUACUUGUGGCCAGAAGCAGUGAUAGCCUACUUGUGGCCAGCAGCAGUGAUAGCCUACUUGUGGCCAGCAGCAGUGAUAGCCUACUUGUGGCCAGCAGCAGUGAUAGCCUACUUGUGGCCAGCAGCAGCAGCAGUGACAGCCUACUUGUGGCCAGCAGCAGCAGCAGUGAUAGCCUACUUGUGACCAGCAGCAGCACCAGUGACAGCCUACUUGUGAUCAGCAGCAGCAGCAGUGAAAGCCUACUUGUGACCAGCAGCAGCACCAGUGACAGCCUACUUGUGACCAGCAGCAGCAGCAGUGAUAGCCUACUUGUGACCAGCAGCACCAGUGACAGCCUACUUGUGAUCAGCAGCAGCAGCAGUGAUAGCCUACUUGUGACCAGCAGCAGCAGUGACAGCCUACUUGUGACCAGCAGCAGCAGUGAUAGCCUACUUGUGGCCAGCAGCAGCAGCAGUGAUAGCCUACUUGUGGCCAGAAGCAGCACCAGUGAUAGCCUACUUGUGACCAGCAGCAGCACCAGUGAAAGCCUACUUGUGGCCAACAGCAUCACCAGCAGCACAAGGAUGUGGCAUUAG